AUGAAUACGACGAUUUCGUUAACAUCACUUAAUCAACAACAAAAUGGUCAUAAAAUUUGUUGUAUUUGUUUGGAAAAAGAAUCAGUUGAUAUACCAUUAAUUAAUUGUGAUCAUCGACUUGAAUUUUGUAAUGACUGUAUAAUACAAUGGUUUGGUAUGAAGAAAUUCGAUUGUCCUAUUUGUCGAAAAGUCUGGCAAGAAAAAGAAUGUUCAGAUACAUCAAGUCAAAAUGAUGGUCAUAUAGGUGUUUCACUUGAAUCACUUUCGUCGUCAGUUAUCGAUCAUCAUUAUCAACCACCUAUCGCUUAUUUUGGUAUAUUUUAUCCAACAAUAAAUGCGCCAACAACAAGUGCUCGUCGUCAAAUGUAUAGUGCUUUAAUUUGUUAUUUAUGUUCGUUUUUCAUUGUCAUUGUUGUAUAUACAAUUCUAAUAUUGCUCAGCAAAAAAUUUGAGCAUAAAGAUUAA